GAGGGAAGACGAAACGACGUUCUGCUCGCGGAAGAAGCUCUUUAGCGUAAGCGACGCUCCGGGUGGUGUGAGUGGUGGAUGCCUUAUGAUCCAGGCGACGAUCAGGCAUGGCAUCUAAUUGACAGCCAUGUUAUUAGCAGGGAUGGCGGCUACAAGGGGUGAAUGCUAGUCGAGUAAUGUAUGUCUUCCAGAUAGAUUCAGGUGUUGCUUUUCCCGUUAUAAUGCCUAUAUGGCUCAGAUAUCGGCCAUGCCACUUCAAUAUUGAGGCUCUUCGAGAGAGUCAGAGGCUUCCGUCAGGUGUCAUCACGUGACAUCCAGACGAGCGGCCAGCAUCCGCAGCUCCAUCUUUCUUCCACGCCAGCAUCGUCAUCUCGACUCGCCAGCGCGCCUGUCAUGCCGUCUGAAGAGCCCGCUAUCAAGCGGUCGUCAUCCUCUGCGCCAGGAGACUCAGAUCAAGCAGUGUCGAAGCGCAUAAAACGACACUACCACCAUCAUCACCGUCUACAGUAUCCUGUCGCGCCCGAGCUCCCGGAGCCUGCGAUAACCGAUGAAGUAUCAGUCGACCACUUAAUGAACCGAUCGAUCGGCCAGGUGUUGCGCGAAGUGGGUUUCGAUCUGGCUGAUCCUGUCGCGUUGGAUGGAUUCCGCAAUGCAGCUGAAGAGUACAUUCUGAGAUUCGCGGCAUACGUGCGCCAGUCCAUGCUUUCCAGUCGCAGGUUACAGCCUAUUCCUCCAGACUUUGAGCAUGCCCUUCGACAGAGCUUCGUUAGCGUCGACGACCUGUCUCCAUAUCUGAAGUCGCUCCCCGCAGUCGAACCAGUCCGCACACUCUUGCCCAGUCCCCCGCCUGAUGAGGAUGCAUUCACUGCGCUUCCUUCUCUUGGACCUGCACUCAGUGGUGAAGAAGAUCGUGUUCGGAGCGCCUACAUCCCGAAACAUUUCCCCGAGUUCCCCAGUAAACACACCUACCGACAUACGCCUGUUUUUACAGACAGGGAACACGACCCUCGGAAGAUCCGAGAGCGCGCAACGGAGGAUGGCCGAUUAGGAGAGGAGGCUUUGCGCAAGCUGGCUCGCGCAGCCUUCAAGGAUAAUCAGCUAGCUGCAGCUUCACGCGACAAGAAACUUUGGGGACGAAAGAACGAGAAUCUGGAGACCAUGUUCGAGAAGACGAUUAAGGGGUUGGCCAAAAAGGCGCAGAGGAGCGCCGCCGAUGCUGCACCCUCGAUGGACAUCACUUCUGGCGAACAGAAGCCGCCGCGGCCCAAACUGCCGAUCCAUUUCGAGCUGGGACCUAUCGUGAAUUGCGAGCGAGACUUCUGGCGAAAAACCGCUUCGGCGACAGGAAGGAAAGCCGAGAAAAAGCAGACAGACCAGAAGGAUGCGGUCAUGGCGACCGUGGAGGGCUGAUCCGCGAUGCAAGCUAGACAUGUAAGCACGAGAGUGGUCUGUCGAUUUGGACGAUGCAUGGGCGGCGUUGAAGGCGUUUACAAC